UUCUAAAUCCUUUCAUCAAUCAAUAUUUAGAGGAUUUUUACUCUCUUGAAGGUGAUGUGUGAUGCUUCACUAGCUAUGAUAUGACCUUGUGACAUUUCAAUUCUACCGGCAUCAUUAAUCCAAGGAGAUAAGCAACGGAAGCACCGCCGUGUAUUAUUUCAACUCAUUCUCCCCGGCCGCCGUCAUGGACCGUUUUUCCGGCGGCAAAACUAUUACUAUAGCUCUAAUAAUAUGCGUGGUCGUCGCCGGCGGCGGCGGAGUAGAGGGGAAGCUGGUAAACGGGACGGGCGGAACCGGCGGGUGUGAUAUUUUCAAAGGGAGUUGGGUUUAUGAUGAAUCUUACCCUCUCUAUGAUACAUCUCUUUGCCCCUUCAUACAGAAACAGUUCAAUUGUCUACCCAACGGAAGAGAAGAUAUAAACUAUACCAAAUAUAGAUGGCAGCCCAGCAACUGCAAUAUCUCUAGGUUUGAUGGUAAAGAUUUUCUAAUGAGAUUAAAGGGCAAAAAGGUGAUGUUUGUAGGAGACUCACUGUGCAACAACCAGUGGCAAUCUCUCACAUGUCUGCUCCAUGUAGCAGACCCAAACUCCAAUUAUACAUUGCAAAGAUUUGGGGAAGUCUCUAAUUUCACAUUCCCAGAUUACAACCUGUCUGUGUUAUACCACCGGCGCAUGUACAUUGUUGACCUGGAGAACAGAAUCUUGAAGUUAGACACUAUAAGCAGGAACACACGGUGGAAGGAGAUGGACGCGAUCAUCUUCGACACAUGGCAUUGGUGGUUUCACGUUGGCAAGAAACAAGCAUGGGAUUUUGUGGAGGAUGGAAAUGUGACAUACAGAGAUGGAGACCGGUUGGUUUUGUAUACGAAAGCACUUGAGACUUGGGCGAGAUGGGUUGAUUUGGAGGUGGACACGACAAAGACCAAAGUCUUCUUCCAAGGAGUUUCUCCUGACCACUGGCAAGAUAUUAGGGGUUCGAAACCGAGGACAUGUGAAGGGGCAAUAAAGCCAAGCAAUGCUGACAAAAGUGCACAACCAGGAGAAGUGGUGCUGAAGGAGGUUAUAAAAAACAUGUCCAAACCAGUCUACCUGCUGGACAUUACUAGGUUGUCUCAGUACAGGCCAGAUGGCCACCCGGCUGCUUAUGGAAUCGGAGGACACAUCAGUCCUGAUUGUACUCACUGGUGUCUGCCCGGAGUCCCAGAUACGUGGAAUCAACUCUUGUAUAAUGCCAUCACUACUACUACAACAACUACAACUAAAUCGCAUAUUCGCAGCCUUUCUAGUCGGCCAUUUUGUUCCUUAUUCUUCUCUGCUUUGUCUUCAUCAUUAUUGUUCUUGUUGUGGUUUUAGACCUGAUCCUAUGAUCUCAACAAACAAACUACAGAAAUAUCAAAGUUUAAAGCGUAUACAAUUCAAAGAAUCUGGGAUAGUCCUACAAUAGUAUUGUUGUGACAUGUCACUGUUUCCUACUUCUGUGUUCUAGUGGGUAAUUUC